ACAAUCCAAAUCGCCCAACGCUUCCCCGAGAACCUCGGAGUUCGAGCAGCAGAGACAGGAUCCUCCAGUGGUCACGCCGGGCAAUGCAACGUCCUCAGCCGGGAGCAAGGGAAGGAAACAGCGCCGUGGACGAAACACGAAACUCCAGAAAACUGGAAAAAGGGGGACUAGAGGAAACAGUUUAUUCACGUUUCAGUCGGUGAUAUAAGCGACAUUUUGUUUCUUUUUUAUGUUGUUUACCUGGUGUUCUUUGAGACUGACUGACAAUGGCGCCCGAAAAAGAAAAUCCACUAAAUUCCGUGCCAUCCCAUUGAAAGCAAGUUCACUCAUGGAGUAAAGAAAGGAGCAAGUCGGGAGUCAUGAGCGCAGGUGUGAAGAAGCCGCCAGUGGCUCCCAAACCCAAACUCGCCCCCUCGGUGAAGCUCUCGCCUCCUCCCAUCGCCCCCAAACCCGAUCUUCUCCUCUCCCAGCCUUCCCAAUCCGCCCCCCUUCAUACCCAACCCUCCCCUGCCGUGCUAAAGAGAGCCAAACCUGUUGUGGCACCCAAACCAUGCCUCUCCAAACCCUCCGCCCCAGCAGCCCCGGCUUCUCCCCCACCACCCAGACUCAGAGUACCCCAAACCCCUUCCCAGGAGUGCCGGGGGGCUGGAGACCACAGCCUCUCCUUCCUCAACUCCAGAAACGGGAUCCUGUCGCAGCCCAUCCUGCGCGACUCGGACUACAUCAUUCCUACGUGCUCCUGCGGACUCCAGGACUGCUCCCAAUGCAAACGACUAGGGAAUGGGAAUGUUACAGAGGUCGGGAGCGAUACGCUCGGCUCCUGGCCAAACGGGAAUGCCAGGGAAAGCACUGGAACGCUGGUAGCCAAUCGGCCGGGUAAAACAGAGAACGGAGACAGUGAGGAGAGCGGAGGAGUGACCAACACCUUCCAUCUCAGACUCAAGGACAAACCUCAGAGACAGGAGGGGCAGAGGGAUGGAGAGGGGAGCAGGAAUGAGGAGAAGCUGCAGGGGAACAAAGAGGAGAGACAGAGGAACCAGAAAGGACAGGAGGGUCAGCAGUAUCAGACUGGGUCUGGGGACCAGUCAUGUAAUGUUCUUGAGGUGGCAGAGACACUUACACAGACUGAGACUAAAGCUUCUAAUGCAGAACAGACAUACACUGACAGCUGUAAUAUAGACUGCAAUGAGAGCAACACAAUUCCCACUCCCCUCAUCCUCCCACUGGAAGUCUCCCCCAUUCGCACCCCCCCACAGACAAUCCCCCCCAUCCGCACCCCCUCUCAGACUGUUCCAUCCACCCGCAGCCCCCCACAAGUUUUACCCCCCACCCUCUCCCCCACCCAGAUGGACAGUGAGCCUGACAGCACCCCCCCCCACGCAGAAAGCAGUACACAGUGUUCCAGAAUACCCAGGCUACCCACUGACCUUUCAGUCCCUGCUGCCCCCAGUAAGCCCCUGCCCGUGCCACUGCCACGUAAGCCCCGUAAGCCAGCCCUGGUAAGGCAGGACGGCCUGGAGGCCAGCACCCAUGAGGGGGAGAUAAAGAACCGCUCACAGGGGGGAGAGGUGGGGGAGACUGAGGGGAGUGGGGGGAGAUGUCUCACCUCAGAGAAGGAAGAACACACCCAGGGAGUGUAUGACAGUCCCUCACCCUCCCAGGACCCUGAAGUUGAAGAGGAGCCUCACCCUGUGCCUCCACCUAGACAGAAGUCCCUCUCCCCCCGCCUCCACAGAGCCAUCCACUGUCCCCUCAACCGAAACACCUCCCACUCUCUGGACUUGCUCUCUCAGCCUGAGCUUAACACACUAACCUCAGAGAGAAGAGGAGGAGUGGAUGAAGAGGAAGAGAAGGAAGAGGAAGUUGAGGACGGGUACGGAGACUUUGAGCGCUACCCCAUCACCCGGAGCCUGCCCAAACAGAUCAAGCUCAGCUGCCGCCCGCCCCCCGUCGGCAUGACAAUGAAGGCCGGCUCAGCGGAAGAGGGAGGGUCACCCAGGGCCCCACCCAGGAAGCCCCAGAGACACAGCCUGCCAGCGGGUGCUCCCCCGUCCAUCACCCCCCCUCCACCCCCUCCGCACCACGCCAACACCCCCAUGAGGGAGCUGCCUGCCACCCCACAGGAGAAACCAGCCUGGCGCUUCCCAAGGCCCUUCUUCAGCAGGCAGAGCUCUUCCAGACACAGCAGCGGCGGCAGCAGCCGAGGGCCCCCCCAGGGGAAAGCAGCUCUGCUGGGGGGAAAACAGAGGGCACAGUCCUUCUCCUCGGCUGACCUGCUGGCCCGCGCCGACGGCACCAAGAGGAGCCUUUCCUUCCGGAAGCUUCUGGAGCUGCGGUUGUCUGUCAGGAUGUUGCCACGGUUACUGGCCAGAAGCGGCCAAUCUCUGGAUUGUACCAGCGUGGAGCCGGGCGGGGGGGGGGGCACGGUGGACCAGUCCGACGGCAACGUGGGGGUGUCUGGCAGGGAUGGAGAGGGGUCGGUAGAGUAUGAGAACGUUCCUCUGUAUGAGGAGAUACCGGAGUACAUGAACCUGCCUUUCCUCAGCGCACGGCUGGGCUGGCCACUCACACACAGUCUGGACCCAAGCACACACAGACACAGUGACUCAGACGUCUAUGAGGUGCAGGAUCCAUACGAGAGCCACUGCGACUAUAAGCGACCCCAUUCCAUUGACUAUGAGAGAGGCUGGCAUGGAUUGGACGAUGCUCACUCUGAGGAGGAAGUCCACAGCUCUGACGAGGAUGACAACAGCUCCACCUCCAGCAAGGAGCACCUGGAGCUGUCAGAAGAAGACAGACAGCAGGAGGAUGAGGUGAAGAGGAAAAAGGUGGUGCAUAUCGCCCAAGAGAUCAUGAGCUCUGAGAAAGUGUUUGUGGACGUCCUGAAGCUUCUUCACAUAGAUUUCCGAGACGCGGUUGCCAAGGUGACGCGUCAGAAUGGUAAGCCGGUGGUUGAAGAGCGUAUUCUAACCCAGAUCCUCUACUACCUGCCUCAACUAUACCAGCUCAACCGAGACCUGCUCCGGGAGCUAGAGGAGAGAGUGGCCCACUGGGGGGACCACCAGAGGCUGGCAGACAUCUUUGUUCAGAAGGGGCCGUACCUGAAGAUGUACUCCACCUACAUCCGGCAGUUUGACAACAACGUGGCUAUGCUGGAUGAACAGUGUAGGAAAAACCCUGGCUUCGCCGCUGUGGUCCGGGAGUUUGAGAUGAGUCCUCGAUGUGCCAGCCUGGCUCUGAAGCACUACCUGCUGAAACCUGUACAGAGAAUCCCCCAGUAUCAGCUUCUGCUCACAGAUUAUCUGAAGAACCUUCCCGAGGACUCGUCUGACUACAAAGACACGCAGGCUGCUCUGGGCAUAGUGAAGGAGGUGGCCAACCAUGCCAACGACAUCAUGAAACAAGGGGAUAACUUUCAGAAGCUGAUGCACAUUCAGUACAGUCUGAACGGACAGCAUGAGAUUGUUCAGCCGGGCAGGGUGUUUCUUAAGGAGGGCACUCUGAUGAAGCUGUCCAGGAAGGUCAUGCAGCCACGGAUGUUCUUCCUGUUCAAUGACACUCUUCUGUACACCACUCCAGUUCAGUCUGGUCAGUAUAAACUCAACAGCAUGCUCUCUCUGGCGGGCAUGAAGGUGAGUAAGCCCAGUCAGGAGGCGUAUCAGAAUGAACUGAACAUUGAGAGUGUGGAGCGUUCCUUCAUCCUGUCUGCCAGCUCGGCCACAGAGAGAGAUGAGUGGCUGGCAGCCAUCGCCACGGCGAUAGACGACCACACCAGGAAGAAGAUCACCUUCAUCUCCAGCCGGAGUCAGGAGGAGGCUGAUGGUGUGUGUGACAGUGGGGCCCCACUGGGUUCUAAGGCCCCUAUCUGGAUCCCAGACCUGAGGGCCACCAUGUGUAUGGUCUGUACCUGUGAGUUCACCCUCACCUGGAGACGCCACCACUGCCGAGCCUGCGGGAAGGUGGUGUGUCAGACGUGCUCGUCCAGUAAGUUCUAUCUAGAGUACUUGAAGAACCAGCCGGCUCGUGUGUGUGACCACUGCUUCGUCAAGCUACAGGAGAACAGUGACCGUGUUGCUUCUGGGGCACUGUCUCCUACUGGCAGAUCUGGGGGAUUCUCUUUCUCCAGGAAACAGAAGAAGAUCCCAGCUGCUCUCAAAGAGGUGUCUGCAAACACAGAGAACUCCUCCAUGAGUGGCUACCUACAGAGGUCAAAGGGCAACAAGAAGCAAUGGAAGAGGCUAUGGUUCGUCAUCAAGAACAAAGUCCUGUACACCUACGCUGCCAGCGAGGACGUAGCUGCUCUAGAGAGCCAGCCUCUGCUAGGCUUCUUCCUGCGGGAGGAGAAGUGUGGCCCUUUCCAGAAGCUGCAGUUUAAACUGUACCACAAAAACACCCUGUUCUAUAUCUUCAAGGCUGACGACAUCCCCACUGCACAGAGGUGGAUAGAGGCUUUCCAGGAGGCCAUGAUUCUUUAACACCUAAACCAGUCAGCUCAUGUCUUUCCCCUGGAGCCAGUUGAAGGACACCUUUUGAUCCUUGUCCUCUAGACAUGUCAGGGGUCAGCAGCUCAGGAAGCCCUCCCCACACCCCGAGCCCUGAUGAACCGGUCUGGCUGUUCACCAGGAGACCCCAGAGUCCCAGUGGUGUGAAGAGCAGACAUCAUUGUCUUUCUGGUGGAAAUAUGGACUUUGUGUCAGCUCUAUAUUACAUUCAUUGUAAAUGUUGGGAUCCGUUGAAAAUGUGCCCUUGGUCAAACCACCAUGCUUCCAGUGGAGCUCUGAGGUUAUGGGUGUGUUGAGCCCCAUAGGCUGCAUAUCUAUCUGUUCUGGAUCUUAGAUGGAAUCGUUAAGUGUCACAGCUGUGGGUCAAUGGUCAUGUCCUGAAGCGUGUGUGUGUGGAAGUGUUAACAGAAUUGCUGUCUGUGGACAGCCUGCUACCUUAUACAGGGGUUCCCACGGUCCACAAAAAGCCUUGAAAGUCAUUGAAAAUGAUUUGAUGUAAAUUGCUAUUGAUUUACAUUAUCCCUGAAAAGUUAAAGAAUUUUGUUAUUUUCUUUGGGAAAUUUAUCAUAUUGUAAGAAAAGUAUCAACUCAAAUAUUGAUGAAUUAUGGAAAUUGGAAUGGUGAUUAGAGUGGGAACCUUGCAUGAUGGGAUGGAUACCAGUUACAAAGAAGGGUGAGAAGCAGUGGGUUCUCUCUGAGUAGGGAAGCUUCUCUGGUGCACUGCAGGUGGUUGGAUUCAACUGUGAAAAAACAGGGUGCCACAGAGACACAGGAGAUGAGCAUUUUGCUCCUUAGAAAUAUAGCAAAAUUACAGAGGUCGGUUUAUAUUGUUAUUCUCUGUUAGGCUUAACUCAGUACAUCUACCACAUGUAUAAUGCAGUAUACUGGAUAAAACUGGAAAUGGCAUAAUGUCAAUAUUUUACUACACAGCCUAUAGAACAAAUGCAUUUUUAAAGCGUAUUUGUUAGACUCAGAAACGGUGGUUGGGUAAUAUGUAGAAUUGGGAGAGUAAAAUGUACUUUUUUUGUGUGUAAAAGUCGAGAGCUAAUAUUUAUAUAGAACUGUACAUUUCUCAAUGUCCAUAAUUAUGUGAUUUUAGAAAUAUGAUUUAUUUGAUAACGGAUACUAUCUUUGUCACUUUUGUAAUAAGUAGUAGCUACCUUUUGUAUUGUAUGCCAUGAUGGUUGUAAAAGCACGUGUUGUAACAAUGCCUCACUAGUUUGUUUUAAACUGCCACAACAGACUUGUUGGAUUCAUUAGGAGGAAUCUUUUAAUCCAGGCCUCAUUUGUAUAAUUUUUUUAUUGAAUAAUUUAAAGUGAACAGAUUAGAAAAUAAUGUUUGUCUUUUGAGGUAGACAUGGAAUGGAGAAUGAAAUGUAUACCUUAGGAAUUGCUCACUAGCAAUAAAGCAACAUCCAGACAGUGCCUUUAAUAUGCGCAAUUAUCUUGUAAUAAUAUAGAUACAGAGAACUGUAUUUAAUUAUCUGGUGCAUUGUUUCAUUAAUUAUUCAUUUGAAUUAGGAUAUUAUAUUAUCACAGUGACUACUUUGGCCGGCACAUCUGACAUUAAACAGUGUAAAUAUCCA